GCGCUCGGCUCGGCGUUCGGCCAUUUUGUGUGAAUGAGCGCUCUCCGCUUUCACGGGGUAUUUGUGUUGCGGGACUCUCGCGGCCACAGUGGCGGAGAUAAGGCUCGGAUGAUUUAGUUUCGUGCACGCAGGGACACGCACGGCGACGGAUUACAUGCGCCAGUGAGAAGGGUGCGCGACCGACCGACCGAUCGCCCGCUCCGCGAUUAAAAACUCCCCGUGCGAGACUGGAACAGGUACGAUGGAGGAUAAGGCGUCGCUCAAGGAACUUGACCAGUGGAUAGAACAAUUAAACGACUGCAAACAACUGACAGAAAGCCAAGUGAAAACCCUCUGCGAUAAGGCGAAGGAGAUUUUAGCCAAGGAAUCAAAUGUACAAGAAGUGAAAUGUCCCGUGACGGUAUGCGGGGAUGUACACGGGCAGUUCCACGAUUUGAUGGAGCUGUUCAGAAUAGGUGGCAAAUCACCUGAUACGAAUUACCUUUUUAUGGGUGACUACGUCGACCGCGGCUAUUAUUCGGUCGAGACUGUCACUUUACUCGUAGCUCUCAAGGUGAGAUAUCGAGAGAGAAUAACCAUUCUGCGAGGCAACCACGAGUCGCGGCAGAUCACACAGGUGUAUGGGUUUUAUGAUGAGUGCUUACGUAAAUAUGGCAACGCCAAUGUGUGGAAAUUCUUCACGGACUUAUUCGAUUAUUUACCACUAACGGCCCUGGUCGAUGGCCAAAUAUUUUGUUUGCAUGGUGGCCUGUCGCCGUCGAUUGACACGCUGGAUCACAUACGCGCGCUAGACCGUCUUCAGGAAGUGCCACAUGAAGGUCCCAUGUGCGAUCUGCUUUGGUCAGAUCCCGACGAUAGAGGAGGAUGGGGCAUUUCGCCACGUGGGGCAGGAUACACCUUUGGUCAAGAUAUUUCGGAAACGUUUAACCACUCUAAUGGGCUGACACUUGUGUCACGAGCUCAUCAGUUGGUCAUGGAAGGCUACAAUUGGUGUCACGACCGCAAUGUCGUGACUAUAUUCUCAGCACCUAAUUACUGUUAUCGUUGCGGAAAUCAAGCUGCAAUCAUGGAACUGGAUGAUGCUUUAAAAUAUUCAUUCCUACAAUUUGACCCAGCACCAAGACGUGGAGAACCACAUGUUACCAGGCGAACGCCAGACUACUUCCUCUAAAGAACUAGACUUCAGGGCUAAGUGUCAAGGUAGGGGAAUGGAAAUGCGAUCCUGACUUUAUAGUAACGCCAGAAAACCAUAACUUACAAUAGAACAUCGCUAAAUGAGUGCGAGGCUCCGAUAAUGUCCUCACACGUACCACAUAUAGCCCCAAGUAUUAUAUCAUGGCUCACUUUGUGGUGUCUCAUUGAGAGAUAGAAUAGAUUACACGCACGUUCUGUGCGUGCCUUACACGAUACAUGUAGACACAACAUUGUACACUAAAAAGGAAAAAAUAAUACAAUAAUGUACACGUAUCGAUUAAAUUCACUUGUAGCAUUGAGUUUUACAACUUUUAUUAUAUCCGCUUGUAUUUUUAUUAUAAAAGAAAACUGAAUAUAUAAUAAUGCACACGUUUGCGCGCAAUAGGUAGAACAAAAAAUAUCGGUAAAAAAAUGGUAUUGUUUUGUAAUCUUGAAUGAAAAUACUGAAACUCGUCGAGAAAAAUUUAUAUAAACAAAGCAACAUCGUGUGUAUUUUAAACGAUCGUGCGUUCUAAACGAAAUUGAUUGUCAUGCAAGAUUCCAAGAAAAUAUACCAAAAUGGUCAUAAGUUAUAUUUAAGAGAGUGUCACGUUAUUAUUAGUGUGAAUGGAGCAUGAAAUGUUCCACUUGAAGGAAACGCAAGGUGAGUUGAUGCAACAGUUAAAUUGGCAUUCAUAAAUCGUGCCAUAUGAGAAUUUAAUAAAUAUAAUUUUCAAGUAGAAAAUUAUUAAAAGAUUUAAUAUGGCAUUACACAUAUGCAUUCAUCAGAAUCAUGAUGAGUAAUUGUUUCGUUAGAAUUACAGCCACAGUAUUUAUUUUUAAGCAAAUGGCAUAGACUUCUUUUUAUUUAAAUGGCAUAGAAAUCCCCUGAAAAGGCGAAUGUAAAUCUUGUUCUCGUUGAGCGUAGCUUUCUAUUAAUCCAUAUUAUUUUUGCGAGGUAAAACGCGUAUGUACAAUAAAGGAAAAAAGUGAUGAGAAUGAUAUCUACAUCCGCACUUUAAAUGUUUUUUUUUGUUUAGGCAAAAUGGGUAUAUUUAAUAUUUUACUGUACAUAAAAUUUAGUUGAUUUGAUUAAUUUUUCUAUCAGUUGUAUUUUUAUAUCGUAAAUUUGUCUUGUGUAAUUGUAGACUACUGCAAUAUAAAAUUGUAUUACACUGGUUAAUAAUUAAUAAUUUUAAAAGAUACGACACUUUUGCAUCAAUUCUAUCUGCCUUCUAAAGUGAAACACGUACUUUAUAUCGAGUGAAUCUAUGCAUUCGUGACGGUUGAAUUAAAGAAAGAAAAUUGUUUGCUUGUAAACCUAUCGACGAUCUUUUUACUAAUUAAUAGAUAUGAAAUGAUGCUUCUGGUAAAUAAACAUGUGUAAUGCAAGCCAAAGCAACCCAAUGUCAACUUUUAUAUUCGUUAAAUGCAGGAGCAAUUUGUGUACAAUGAGCAGCUAAAAGGAAAAAAAGAACACUUGAGGAUGUAAUUAUAAGAAUAAGCAUUGCAAUUCGACUAUAAUGCAUAAUGAAGCAAUUACAAUAGCAUGACGAAGGACGACAAGGCGAAUGAGAAAUGUGUUAGAUGCACAUUGUAGCAAUUAACUAAGACUGUAAAAUCCAUAUACAACACAGGAUGCAGCGCGGAGUUAACGCGAGCCUUCUGCACAAUGCAGGCUGAGCAUUUUUUUUCUUUUUUUUCCAUUUCUAUACAAUAUGCGUAUAUACAUAAUAUUCUCUAGACUACAAUAAUAAGAAUAAAUUUUCCUAUAGAACAAAAAUGCACUUGUAGUAUUAUAUAUAAUGCGACGAAAUUUAAAGAUAUGGCGAAGGAAUAAUAGGUACCAGCAAUUAUUAUAGCUAAUUUUAUAUCUGCUCUAUUUAUUGCCCUCUCACUGCAUACCGACCUUCAUACGACGGAUGAAAUUAAUAUGAUAUAUACUGAAACACUAGUAAAUAUGCGUUUCGGUGCAUAGUACCUUAAUAUCUAUGUGAAUAUUAUCAUAUUUUGAUUUCACAUUGGCGUGGCAAACACAGGGAGGCUAUUGUACACGGUGUUCAUUUUAGCAGAAACAAUGUCUUAAAAAUGAAUGAAUUUUACACAAGAACAGUUUAUAUAAGAAUUAAUUCAUUUUGAACAUCUUAUGGAUGCAUUUAUUGGAAGUCGAGUGGUUUCCGAAAUUUAAUGCUUACUUUUUUUAAAAUAAACUAUACAUUUUUUGUUUCAAUUUUAAUACAUCAUAUCUUAUAGCUUUGUAUGUAAAAAGUAUUAAUAAAAUUUGAAAAGCGUCAUAAACCAAUUCAUAUUUGAUUAUGUACAUUUUGUGACAUAUUCUGAUACAUAAAUAAUUGUUUGAAUACCUAUCUGCUCAUUUUUUAUAAAAAUGAAACACCCUGUAUUUUUAGAGUCUCGUUUAUACAUUAAAAAUUUUUUGUUGGUCUAAAUUUCAAAACUACUCUCGUACUGUAUAAAUUAAAUCAUUACGCAUAUAUGAUAAUCUUAGCUGUUUGAGAGAGAGAGAGAGAGAGAGAGAGAGAAAGAGAGAGAAAGAGAGUGAGAAAGAAAUUAGUUUCAUUUUAGAUUUAACUUUAUAGAAAUUUAUAUGGUUAAUUCGAAUAUUACAAUAUGUGUGGAGCAAACUUUGUAUAUCCUAAUAAACUAAAAAUUUUUUGUGAUA